CAUCCAACCAAAAACCCAUCACAUUCUUUUUCUUUUUUCUCUCUCAAUCUCUUAUUACCUUCGAAAGCACGCUUUCAAAGCUUUCCAUAAAGUUUCUCAUUACAACUCAACUAUCUAUAUAUAUACACUAACAAACACACUUUCUCGCACAUCACGUUAAGUAAAAUUCUCCUUUCUCUUCUCUUCUCUUUCACAAUUUUCCACCAUCCAAACACCGCUUAAACCAUGUCUACUGAUCUUCACCUCCAGCAAUUACCAACACUUCGAAUCUCUGCCGCCGUCGACAAUCUCGACGACGACGACGACGUAGUCACUCCUUCCUCCGAUCAAGUCCCUGAUGUGGCCGACACGAUGUCGUCGUCGGCUAUAAUAGAACCUGAAAUUGAGAAAGAGAACGUUGACGGUGCUGUUGUUGACGGUGAAAUCGAUGAGAGUUACCGGACUCCGACGUCGAAAGAAAGCAAGAUACCGGAGAUACAUGAUUGUCCGCCGGCGCCGAGAAAACCGAAGCCGUUCGUUUCUUGUAAGAGGAAGCUUAUGGAUGAUUUUCAAUUUUUUGAAGUUAAGAAUAAUGAAGACAUGGACGCGUUUUUCAGAUCCACUUUUCCCAAGAGGACUUGUCCUUGUACAUGAAAAUUCAUCAUCAUCAACCUCUCUGCAAUUCGAGGAUCGAACACUACCUUAGUGCUCCUUCAUAAUUACGUAAAUUAAUUAAUUACACGAUUUUUGUUCUUUUCUUUUUCUUUUAUUCUCCAAUUCUCCUCUUCCUCUUCUUGAAGGAUGAUCAAUUUCUUAAUUGAUUUCUUUUUCUUUAUGGUUUUUUUAUAUGUUAAUUAUUAUUAUAUAGUAUAUGAUAUCAUAUGAUGAAUAUUUCAGAUGUGAAAUAUUGGAUCUGAAUCGAAUAUGUGAAUUAAUUCAAUGGAAUCGAUCAACUUAAUGUUGAAUUCUCCAGCUUCA